CCUCUCUGACCUUCCACUCUUUCCUCUUCUCUCUGACCUUCCACUCUUCUGUCUUCUCCUCUCUGACCUUCCACUCUUCUGUCAUCUCUUCUCUGACCUUCCCUCUUCUGUCUUCUCUUCGACCUUCCACUCUUCUGUUUUCUCCUCUGACCUUCCACUCUUUCCUCUUCUCCUCUCCGACCUUACACUCUUUCCUCUUCUCUCUGACCUUCCACUCUUCUGUCUUCUCCUCUCUGACCUUCCACUCUUUCCUCUUCUCUUCUCUGACCUUCCCUCUUCUGUCUUCUCUUCGACCUUCCACUAUUUCCUCUUCUCCUCUCCGACCUUCCACUCUUUCCUCUUCUCUCUGACCUUCCACUCUUCUGUCUUCUCCUCUCUGACCUUCCACUCUUCUUUUCACUUUUAGCUUUUCAUAUUUAUCCCUCUGUUUUCCUGUUAUGUUCUCUCCUCUCUGUCUCUCUGAGCCUGCGUCCUCUCCUCUACUCCCCGUGUCAGGCAGUGAAGCGUAAGGACACAGUAAUGCUUUCUGUGCUUGGAUGGCAUAACAGCACAUCACUGUAGGGAGUGAGAGCAUUAGCACUGUCUGCCUGUCUCUCUUCCUCCCUGCCUCCCUCCCUACCUUCCUUCCUCCCUACCUUCCUUCCUUCCUCCCUGCCUCCCUCCCUUCCUUCCUUCCUUCCUUCCUUCCUUCCUUCCUUCCUUCCUUCCUUCCUUCCUUCCUUCCUUCCUUCCUUCCUUCCUUCCUUCCUUCCUUCCUUCCUACCUCCCUCCCUGCCUUCCUUCCUUCCUUCCUUCCUUCCUUCCUUCCUUCCUUCCUACCUCCCUCCCUCCCUCCCUCCCUUCCUGCCUGUCUGCUUUGCCUGUUUAGCAGCAUCGCUCUGCUCCACUCUGCCUCCUGCUCCUCUUAACACCAGUCACGACUGACUGCCUAUCUCAACUGGGGCUUUUCUGCCUGCCUGCCUGACUGCUUAGAGCCUAGAGCCUAGCCAACAAGUGCAGGAUGAGAGCUGGGGAGUGAGUGAGAGUGAGUGAGAGAGCUGCGUCACAGAUCAGAGAAGACCACAGUGGAAUGAGAGUACAGGUCUCUUUAAAACAGCUGCGUCACAGAUCAGAGAAGACCACAGUGGAAUGAGAGUACAGGUCUCUUUAAAACAGCUGCGUCACAGAUCAGAGAAGACCACAGUGAGGAUCCAUGGGAUGUCAGCCAUUCACAGAGGCAGCAGCCAAGCUUCUGGAGGGAAAGACCUGGAAGGGGAGUGACUCCUCGGCUGAAUCUCGCCCAGGGAUCGGGAGUGAGAGUGUAUCAACAAACCCCGACCAGGCAACCUGCUUCGGGGCGACCCAGAGCCCCACGAAGACCUCCAAUAUUUCUGCUCUCAACCCCCCCACCACCACCCAGGGGAAACAGCAACAAGCUAACAGCAGCACCCUGUACCAGUCCAACCAGACACAACCUUCGAAUAUCAAUGGUCUGUACCAGUCAACCCAGGCACAACAACCUGCUAAUAUCAACAGUGGGUACCAGCCGACCCAGGGGCGGGGGCAGCCACCCAGCAUCAGUGCCCUCAACAGCCUGAACCAUCAGGUUCAACAGAGCCAGCUGUCCCAACCCUCCGCCCCCCCUCCCAACCACAGCUCCUCUCACCGCUCAGGUGUGACCUCACAGCGCGUGAAGCGAAACUCCGUGAGAACUGGCAGACACCUGUCACAACAGGUGAGUCCUCAGGGCGUGAGGAAGAUGAGUAGUGGUGAAGCUCCUCCCACCAUCACCAUGGCUCUGAUCAACCCCCAGUCCUCCUCCGUCUCCUCGGACACCAAACAGUCCUCCACUCAGCAGCUCUCCAUCAGUGUGUGUGCUGCUCUGUACUCCUACAAGCCCUGUCGUUCUGAGGAACUGGAGCUGAGGAAGGGGGAGAUGGUGGGGGUGUAUGGGAAGUUUAAGGAGGGCUGGCUCCGAGGCCUCUCUCUACGGACGGGCAAAGUGGGCAUCCUCCCCGGCAACUACGUCACACCUGUCCUCAGAACCUCUGCCAGGCUCUUGGAGUCCAAGGCAGUGACGGCAGGCCCCGGUACAGUCCCUGGAAGAAGAACCUCCUCGUCCUCCAAGACCCCAGCGGUGGUUCUAGCUCUCCACAGGGUCAACUCCGAUGAAACGACCUAUUCUACGGGACAACGGGUUCCGCUGCAGUCCGCCUCCAUGGCCACGCAGCCUGUGACGUCAUCAGGCGGCGCCACCAGAAAGUCCCGGCACGGGGUGGGCUCGGAGGGAUGGGACACAGUGAGGAGGGUCUUCCAUAGUUCACACAGAGGCUCAUCUCAGCGGGGAAACCAGUACCCCCACACUACCAUCUCUUCCAGCUCAGCCCUUCAAUCCCAGACCCAGACCCACAGUCAGAGCUCAUCCCAGCGCUGUAACCACUACCCCCACACUACCAGCGCCACCUCAGGCCUUCAGCCCCAUUCUCAGUCCCAUUCUCACAGCCAGAACUUUAGCCAUAUCCAGGCCCCUGGCUACUCCCCUGCUCUGCUCAGGAAGAAACAACACAUGAGCAUCCUGCCCAAUCACAACAGAUCUCUGGCCUGGAUGUCUGAGGGACCCCUGCCCUCUAGUGGUGGUUUUAUGAAGGACAGGGACACGGCUGCCAGAGAGACGUUUGAUAGGCAGGUGUUGGAGACAAGGCAAGCAGCAUCGAAUGGUCAGCAGUCCAUCAACUCCAUCCUAGUGAGACCAGACUCCCUCAAGAACAACACAGAGAAGCCCACUAAGUCAGUGCGGUUCGUGACCCAGCCUGAUUCCCCUCCACCACGGCCCAGGACCACCUCCCUGCCCUCGGGUCGCCAGCCCCCCUCCAGUACCCGGCCUGGUCCCCCUCCCCUGGAGGUCUGGGCUCCAUCACUCACACUGGGGCGAGAUGGGCCUGGGAUCAUACUGAAAGAAGGCAAGGCUCCUGUUCUUAGGAAAGGUCUGGAGACAAACCCCUCCGAUGUUCUGACAUCCAAUCAGAAACCUACAUCAUCGGCACCAUCCGUGUCCAGCAGCCCUAGCAGACACAGAGUAGCGGCGUCGUACCAGGCCCAGACGGAGUCAGAGAUGAGCCUGAUGCAGGGUGAGCCUGUCCUGCUCCACAGACAUCGGCCUGACGGACGGGUUCUGCUCACCCAGGAGAGCAGUGGCCACACGGGCCUCUUCCAUAGCAGUGUUCUACAGUUCUUAGACCGGUUCAGUUGACUGCCUGUAGUGCUUAGUUGUUAUUAUUAUAUGUGUGUUUUUCACAUAGAAAUAGAAUGACUAGCAUGGAAAAGCUCCCUAGACCGCGACAAUUUGAUAGUACACUCAAUAUGGCUGCUGGCCCACCCCGGUACAAUUCAUUUGGCCACCCCAUCAUGUAAUGUUGACUUGUAAACCAAUGUCCAUUCUAGCUAUUCUAUUUCUAUGGAUCUCCAUACGUUGACACUGCCAAAUGAGAUGCCCAAACUGUGGAAGUGUGUGUUUUAUCUGUGUGUUGAAAAUAAUAUAUUAUACUGCCAUAUAAUGACUAUAUAUAAAGUAUGUGGACACCCCUUCAAAUGUUGUGGAUUUGGCUGUUUCAGCCACACCUGUUGGUGACAGGUGUUUAAAAUUGAUAACAAAGCCAUUCAAUCUCCAUAGACACAAAUUGGCAGUAGAAUGGCCUUACUGAAGAGCUCAGUGAAUUUAUAUGUGGUACCGUCAUAGGAUACCACCUUUCCAACAAGUCAGUUCGUCAAAUUUCUGCCCUACUCGAGCUGCCCCGGUCAACUGUAAGUGCUGUUAUUAUGAAGUGGAAAUGUCUAGGAGCAACAACGGCUCAGCCUUGAAGUGGUAGGCCACAGAAGCUCACAGAACAGGAUUGCCGAGUGCUGAUGCGCGUCUGUCCUCGGUUACAACACUCACUACCAAGUUACAAACUGCCUCUGGAAGCAACAUCAGCACAACAACUGUUCAUCGGGAGCUUCAUGAAAUGGGUUUGGGAUGAAUUGGAACGCCGACUGCGCGCCAGGCUUGAUCGCCCAACAUCAGUGUCCGACCUCACUAAUGCUCUUGUUACUGAAUGGAAUCAAGUCCCCGCAGCGAUGUUCCAACAUCUAGUGGCAAGUCUUUCCGUAAGUGAAGGCUGUUAUAGCAGCAAAGGGGGGACCAACUCCAUAUUAAUGACUUCCUAGAAGGGUGGAGGCUGUUAUAGCAGCAAAGGGGGGGGGGGGACCAACUCCAUAUUAAUUCCCAUCAUUUUGGAGUGAGGUGUCCACAUACUCUUGGUCAUGUAGUGUAUUUUUUCUUUUUUGAGGUUCUUUGGACCGUUUUAAACUAGAUAACUAUGUGGUUCAGAGAUAUAUUUGUGUAUAUGUUGAUGUGCAGAAGCAUGAGAGUUGCAUAGACCUACUGUAUACAUUUAUUAUUACCAAUCCCAAUUGCACAAACCCACCUCAGACCAAUGUUUUGCUUAAAGAAUUAGUGUUCUCUUCAUUCAAGAGCUAUUACUAUACACUAGUCAGUGCCUUUGCAAAGCCCACAAAGUAUAGAUUUGAAAACAAUAACAGCCCUCUUACCAGAGGCAAAAUGUAUGCAACAGUGAUGACCAUAUAGUGGUAAACAAUGCUUCUGUCAACUACAGCAUGCGUUUGUUACAUUCUCAACCUGAUUUUGCUAAAUAACUGCACACCUAUGUGUCCUGUCCUGCACUUUGAAGACUUCAGAAAACAUGCACAGGUGUCCUCUAACAAAUUCUACUUCUCUGCUCUUUACUCUGUGAGUGCUGAAAAUAAAUCAUGUGUGACACGUUGAAGCUAAAA